AUGGCCAACAAGCAGGGCAAGAUGCAAAACCUCAUCAACUACCGGAUGAGAGUUACCCUUAACGAUGGUCGCCAAAUGACCGGUCAGAUGCUGGCCUUUGAUAAGCACAUGAACCUCGUUCUUGCCGACACAGAAGAGUUCCGCCGUAUUAAGCGGAAAUCAAAGCCCACGGCCGGCUCUACAGCCACCCCGCAGGUCGAAGCGGAGGAGAAGCGAACCCUUGGCUUGACCAUCGUCCGUGGUGCUCAGGUUGUCUCUUGCUCCGUCGACGGUCCCCCUCCUGCCGACCCCUCCGCCCGUCUCGGCGCCACUGGUCCCGUUGCUGGUGGUGCUGCUGCGACUCUCGCCGCCGGCCCCGGUGUCAGCAAGCCCGCUGGUCGUGGCCUGCCCGUUGGACUCGGUGGUCCUGUUCCUGGCGUUGGUGGCCCUCCUCCUCCCGCCGGCUUUGGCGGUUUCCCUCCUGGCCCUCCAGGUGGCUUCCCUGGUGCUCCCCCUCCAGGAUUUGCCGGUCGUGGUGGACCCCCAGGCGGACCUCCUGGCUUCGCUCCUCCUCCUGGUUUCGCUCCCCAGGGCGCUCCUCCUGGUGCUUUCCAACCUCCUCCUGGAUUCCAGCCUCCUGGACAGGGACGAGGAUACCCGCCACCCGGCUUCGGUGGCAGAUGA